AUGAAGAAGGAGCAUAAACUCGAAGUAGAAGCCAACAGAGACGCUGGAACGUUCAGAGCAGACCAGGUCGAUAUCGUUGCGCUGGCGAUGAUGCGCUUUGUCCUUGGUAUCACCGACAACAAAUGGAGGUACGUCCUAUUUGCUGGGAACUUGAACCCUGGAGACUUCUCUCUCGAUCGGAUGAAGCAGAUAUCUAAGCAGCUCGAGUCAAAGAUUGACGCGACAAUGCUUCAGACCGACACCAUCAAUGCUGCCGGUGCUGUCCCUACUCAUUAUGCAUACUACGAUAUCCAUCAGCUAUUUGAGGAUGCUAUUGAGGCAGAGGAGCCAAUAGAUGAAGAUGUGAUUGUCAAGGCUGAUAUUGAUGGAGCCAUUAUGUUCAAGGAGGACACAGUCGAGCGCAGCAAGAAGCAAGAGAGUGGAACAAUGCAGUUGGUGUAUGACUCUAAGAAGACCUCCACCUUGAAGUCUCCGUACAAUGUGUAUCAAUUCCUUGUAGCCAAUGGUGAAGAGACAUACUCAAACAUGUCAAAUUGGUUCAGCCAGAGCAAGUUCCAUGAUCAUUUAUCUGAACUGAACAAUCUGAAGACCUAUGAGUACAAAGACAAAGUCUACAAACCUAUAGUUAUAUUAGUAGUUGACAUGGUUUGCCUUUGCUUGCUUCUUGGUCUUUACGCUGUAUACAAGACAGUUAGCAACUUUAGAUGCGUGUGGUGCAUGAUCAAGAAGGUGGACAUGGCUCGAAUCCUGGUACCUGCGAUCCAACCCGACGGCGUACUGCCAAGAGUAAUCCCUCUUGAGAAGCCGACGGGACCAGCGAGGACUAACGGUGGAUACAACAAUGCUCCAUUGAUCACAUGUAUCCCAACAAGUCAUAUGGUACCAGAUCUUCUCCAUGUAUUGGUCGCUGUCAUCAGAACCUAUGUCAAAAAUCAUUUCAAAUGGCUUGAGACAUGGCUGAAGAUUGAGGUAGAUGGAAACAGAGUUGGUAAGCGAGUGAAGGAGAGGCUGUUGGGAGUCAUGGCUCGGCUUGGUCCAAAGAUACCUGUAAUCAGUACCAAGCACAGUGCAUCGAAACCUUCAUCGCUCGUUGCCCGUUGGGAAGCAACAAGAGUCAAGUUCCAGGUGGCCAUUGAUAUCACCCUUCGUCGCAAUGAUAUGUUCAAUCUUGAAGAUCUGUUGGCUGGAGAGAAUGAGGAGCUGAAGAACAACACCAGCAAUACGUAA